AUGGCGGAGCCUAGAAGGAUUACUCUACAGGAAGCAGGAGCUCCGGACUUUACAAUGCAACCAUAUCAAGCGCGUCAUCCAAACUUAGCUGCAGAUUUUGAACUAAAGACCGCUUUGAUCAAUCUACUGCCUAAGUUUCAUGGCCUACCUACUCAAGAGCCUAUCAAGCACCUUAGGAAUUUUCAGACAGCCUGCUCAACUACUAGGCAGCAUGGUGUGGAUGAGGUCACCAUAUGGUUAUACGCCUUCCCAUUUUCUCUUGAGGAAAAGGCAAGGGAGUGGUUCUACACUCAACCGGAAGCUGUUGUUACCAAUUGGAAGGGAAUUCCUGGACAAGUUCUUUCUAGCAGUGAUGCUGCGAGUAAUGGUUCUCUGACUAACUACAAGACGGCGACAGAAGCGUGGCAACUGACCACCGAUCUAGCUGAGUCCACCCGAAAUACAAGGCAGAGGAAUAAUCAUCCCAAGGUUAUUACGAAAGUUUCUCUAGCAGUGAGACAGCGGCACUCGCAGACUCUGGGAGAGAUGAGCAAUAUACUAAAGCAGCUCCAGCUUAAUCAACAACAACCUCCGCCUCCUCCACAGCAACAUUGUCAAUAG